GAAGUUUCUUCAAGCAACAAAAUGGAGAAAGAAGGUCUGGAGAGAGCCCUCGAUCAUCUGAUUGAGCUGGGACUUCACAUCGAUUCCCUGGUGACGGAUCGGCAUUGUGAAAUUAAGGCUUUCAUGAGAACCCAGCACCCAAUGAUAUGCCACUUGUUUGACCUGUGGCAUAUUGCAAAAGGCUUGAAGAAGAAGAUGAUCGCCCUCGGGCGGUUGAAACAACAUGGGACUGUAAUCGGGUGGCGAAAGACCGUAAUUCGGCACCUUUAUUGGUGUGCAGUAAACAGUCAUGGCAAUGAAAAGUUGUUUCUGGCAAGAUGGCUGUCUAUUCUCCGCCACAUCGUGAAUGUGCAUGACCACCCUGACCCGCUCCACCCAUCCUGUUUUCACGGCGAGAUGCCAGAACGUGACUGGCUGGUUGAAGGAUCAGAGUCAUUCCAACGCCUGAAAGCAAUUUUGGCAGCACCACACCUUCUGCGGGACCUUCCCCGGGCAUCACACAAGGCCCAGACGUUUGGCCUAGAGGCCUUUCAUAGCCUGCUCAUCCACUUCGCCCCUAAGAGCAGCAAGUUCACCUACGAAGGCAUGCUGGCAAGGGUACAUAUCCGUCCUGUUAACCAACGUGAUGGACUGCCUGGAGAAGUGGCCAUCGUUUUCAACUGCUGAGCAAGCAUCUGUGCGAAGGCAUCACGAGACGCUUUCAUCUAAGUAUGGUCCCAAACCACGAAAGGAAGAGGCAAGGAAGAAGCAGUACUCACGCUUUGCGCCUAAGUGAAACAUCAGUCCUGCUGAGAUCAUAAAUAGCACUAAAAAAGAAAAGGACAAACAUAAGAACAACACAUGGCGCUGUGCCAUGUAGUCAUUCUUAUGUCUGUCCUUGUCUUUUUAGCGCUAUAUAGGAUCCCAGUAUGACACAUCAACCAGCCUGAAUUACCACUGUGAUCAAUCCAGCAGCCAGACGCCCCAUCACUAUUAAACGGCCCUUUUCAGGGCCACCAAAUGGCUGCCUUGGCGGGUGUGAGCAGAGCAUCGAUCCCAUUCUGCCCUCUUGUGCUGUGUGCGUCUUAUUAGCCUCACUGGAUUCAAACAUACAUUUAGUAUUGAGUACAACCAACAGUUUUGUGUUUAUCUAGCUGAUACAACAAUACAUCCAGCCCCACCUUUGUGAACAGUAUGCUGCAGAGCAAGGAAAACAAUCUGCCUGCGUGCUCAAGCAGAUAGGUACGCUAUGUGCACA